AUGGCAUUUAAGAAGCGCAAUAAGAUUAAAGUUCCUUCUCUAUCAGCGCAGGCUGGUGGAACCAAUGUUACUGAUUCCAAGAAGCCUAUACGGCUAAAUCUGUCUUAUUUAGAAGAUGAGGAAGAAGAGGAAGAUCAUGCUUCGCUACAAAUAAAGCAAAAUCCUCUAAAGCAAAAGAAACCUCUGAUACUCCCAGUUCUACCACAUACUGUUAAGAUGACAUCAGCUGAAGUGGACGAUGACGUCAGUCCAGAGAGGGAUGAUGAGUACAAAGAUCUAUUUAAAAAGAGAGUAUCAAAGCCAGAUGUUAAAAUAUUGAAUUUGGAAGACAAAGGUAUUUUCGAAAAUAUUGAUGGGUCAGAUGGAGAUGAAGAAUAUAUGAGCAAAGAACAGAUCGAGAGGAUCAAGCAACGACGUCGAAGGCCCUUUGAACGUGAAGCUCGCUCAAGUGAAAGAGAAUAUGUUAAACUUUUAAAUGAUGAAGAAAAACUGGAUGUUAUUGAGACAAUCAAAGAUAAUGGAGGUUUUGAAAAACGGAAUGGUGACAAAAAUGAUAAUGAAUAUAUAUAUGAUUUUGAAGAUGAAAUUUUUGAAGACAAAUUAGAAUUGAAUGAAUCCGUAUUGAGCUCUAAGGAAGUUGAAAAGAGAGAAAAUGUUGACAAAAUAUUGAAUGAUGAUGAGAUUGGAGAUGAAUGGGAGAAACAUAUACUGAGUAAAACUAAUAAUGUUAUAGACUAUUCCGAUUCCCAAGACAAAAUACGACGGUUGCCAAAAUUAUUUGAUAGCGCUAUGGAUGAUGAAGAUGAAGGAGCUUUAUUGGCUUCCAAAUUAUCUCAAAUUACCUUAGCUAAGAGGACUAAGCAAUUACGAAUUGAUGCAUUAAAUAAGCAAAGGGUUGGAAUCCUUGAAGAAAGAGAUAAAUUGUUGCAAAAGAUACUAAACAAAAUUAGAUAA